CAGCUCCAUCCGCUCCAGCGACUGCCGCGAGCGCGUGGUGAUCAACGUGUCCGGCCUGCGCUUCGAGACCCAGAUGAAGACCCUGGCCCAGUUCCCGGAGACGCUGCUGGGGGACCCCGAGAAGAGGACUCAGUACUUCGACCCGCUGCGCAACGAGUACUUUUUCGACCGCAACCGGCCCAGCUUCGAUGCCAUCCUGUAUUACUACCAGUCGGGAGGCCGCCUCAAGCGGCCGGUCAACGUCCCCUUCGACAUCUUCACCGAGGAGGUGAAGUUCUAUCAGCUGGGGGAGGAGGCCCUGCUCAAGUUUCGGGAGGACGAGGGCUUCGUGCGGGAGGAGGAGGACCGGGCGCUGCCCGAGAACGAGUUCAAGAAGCAGAUCUGGCUCCUCUUCGAGUACCCGGAGAGCUCCAGCCCCGCGAGGGGCAUCGCCAUCGUGUCCGUCCUGGUCAUCUUGAUCUCCAUCGUCAUCUUCUGCCUGGAGACCUUGCCCGAGUUCAGGGACGACAGGGAUCUGGUCCUGGCGCUGGGCGCCGGCGGGCACGGCGGGCUGCUGAACGACACCGCGGCGGCCCACGCGGACAGCUCGGGGCACACCAUCUUCAACGACCCCUUCUUCAUCGUGGAGACGGUCUGCAUCGUCUGGUUCUCCUUCGAGUUCGUGGUCCGCUGCUUCGCUUGCCCCAGCCAAGCGCUCUUCUUCAAGAACAUCAUGAACAUCAUUGACAUCGUCUCCAUUUUGCCUUACUUCAUCACGCUGGGCACCGACCUGGCCCAGCAGCAGGGGGGUGGCAACGGCCAGCAGCAGCAGGCCAUGUCCUUCGCCAUCCUCAGGAUCAUCCGCCUGGUCCGAGUGUUCCGCAUCUUCAAGCUCUCCAGGCACUCCAAGGGCCUGCAGAUCCUGGGCCACACCCUCAGGGCCAGCAUGCGCGAGCUGGGCCUCCUGAUCUUCUUCCUCUUCAUCGGGGUCAUCCUCUUCUCCAGCGCCGUGUACUUCGCCGAGGCGGAUGAGCCCACCACCCACUUCCAGAGCAUCCCCGAUGCGUUCUGGUGGGCUGUGGUGACCAUGACAACCGUGGGCUACGGGGACAUGAAGCCCAUCACCGUGGGGGGCAAGAUCGUGGGGUCCCUGUGUGCCAUCGCGGGUGUCUUAACCAUUGCUUUGCCAGUGCCAGUGAUUGUCUCUAACUUUAACUAUUUCUACCACAGAGAGACCGAAAACGAGGAACAGACGCAGCUGACACAGAACGCGGUCAGCUGCCCGUACCUCCCUUCUAAUUUGCUCAAGAAAUUCCGGAGCUCCACGUCUUCUUCCCUGGGAGACAAGUCAGAGUAUCUAGAGAUGGAAGAAGGCGUUAAGGAAUCUCUGUGUGCAAAGGAGAAGUGUCAGGGAAAGGGAGACGACAGCGAGACAGAUAAAAACAACUGUUCUAACGCAAAGGCUGUGGAGACCGAUGUGUGAGUCGCUCUCUCCACCUGCCGCUGCCACCCCCCCCACCCCGCCCCAGCAUCUCCAAAUAUAUUUAUGCAUAGAGAGUGCAGUUAUGAAAAUGAAAUAUGCAAACGAGUCCAAGGCAUACAGUAGUACGCCAUUUAAUGGCUAUACGUGGCAUAAUUGUUACUAAACUUGUAUUACAUAUCAAGCAAAUGAUACAUCUUGGAGACAGAGGGAGGCUUAAAGAGGAGCAAAUCUAUCUUUAUAUUUUUUAUUAGAAUGCAAGAAUUUUGCACAUUAACUGGGAAAGAUGUGAUCGGCAAAGAUAGCUCUUCCAGGGAGAGAAUGUGUGUGUGCGUGUGCGUGUGUGUGCGUGAGCGUGCAUAGGUAAAUUGUCAACGUCAGUGAUUGUGCAGUGAUGGGAAAAGUUGGCAUUUCGAAGUAUUUACUAUGUAAGACCUAAUGAAUUCGAGCAGUCAUUUAUCAGUGCUGUAAUAGCAUCUUAUGUGUCUUUGGAUUCUGUAGUUGUUUUUUAAACAUUGUAAGAAUUACUGUGUAGAAAAAAAAAAAAGUAAAUUAUUUAAUAGAAUAUAGGUCACAAUUUUAUCUUGGAUUUAAUUAAAGUUUAUUUUUAACUGGAAAUUAACUUUUGAAAAGGCUGCAAGGGCCUUUAGAAAUUGAUUAUAUUUUGUUAUUAAUUUUGCGAAGCUCUGACAGCAAAUGUCUAACAUUAUGGAAGAAAUGAAAUUGGAGAAAAUGGAACGUGUUUUGUUCACAGGUAACAGGACUGGAAUUUUUGUUUCAUUUGCACUACUUUAAAUGCUGGAGAUUGAGAGAGACUUCAUACUGUGAAUGUUUACUAAUGUAACAGUUCAAUGACAAUCAUUGGAAGAAUGAUUUUUUUAGUCUUAUCUUAUUGUUCUCUUUCUUUUCGUUGUGUGAGGCUAUUGGCCACGCAGAUAUCAGCACACGAUUCUCUCCUUUUUAAAAAUCUAAACAACUGCUCUGCAAAGGAACUACGAAGUAAAAUUUAGCAACUGAAUCUUUUGAAAUUGGUCUGUUACAAUGAUGCUUCUGAAACCAUACUAUUUUAAUAUUCUUCUGCCUUUUAACUCCAGAAUAAUUUAACCAAAGUUAAUGCAUGCACUGAAAGAAUUCUUGAAGAAAUAAGAUGCCCAGCAGCUAAAGUGAUUAUGGCUUAAUUUUUUUCUAUUAAAUGUGCAACGUAAA